AUGACGUCUUUUGGAUCAAAAGAGGUAAAGGAGGGUAGUUUUAUGCCAACAUUUAAAGUGCAGGGACAAGUCUACCAUAGGAUAGGAAGCCUUAUGGCAGAAAAUAAUCAACAACCAUCAUUUCUCCAAAUAUACUUUGUUGGUGAUGAUAAUCGUGAAAGAGAAAUUCGUUGUGGGAUCUGUCCUGGUAUUAAGCCAGAGUUAAUUCACCAACUUCAAAAUUUGCUUCAUGAACACCAUCAAUACAUCAAAGAUUUUAAGGUUGCUACUGAAUCAGUUCCUAAGAAUCAGAAAGAGUUUCAGGUUAUAAUUAAUGCUGAUAAAAAGCCUCCGGGUGAACAUCGAGGUCGUUUCAAUGCUCCAAUAGCUAAAAAAGUAGCAGUUAUCAUCGUUGGACAAAAUUUUGAAAAGAGAGAUAUCAUCCUGAACAGCAGAGACGACAAGUUAAAGCGAAUCAAUGAAAUCCAUCGCGCGUAUGAUACUUUACAAUAUCCUCUGAUGUUCUGCCGUGGAGAAGAUGGCUAUCACAUUAAUAUUCCUAAGCGUGAUGAAAAAACUAAGCGUCCUCUAAAUAAGACCGUGUCAGCUUCUGAGUUUUACAGUUAUAGAAUAAUGGUGCGUAAUGGAGAAGAAAAUCAUUUACUCUUAUUUCGCACUCUAUUAAAUCAAUUUUUGGUUGAUAUGUAUGCGAAAAUUGAAACUGAACGACUUAAUUGGAUUCGUAACCAUCAAACAAACUUACGAAGUGAAGAAUACGUUCACCUUAAAGACGCUUUAACGAAAACCGACGGUCAGAUAACAGAAAUAGGUAAAAUGGUUGUGCUGCCAUCUUCUUUUACUGGUGGGCCACGAUACAUGCAUGAACGAACUCAAGAUGCUAUGACUUAUGUACGUCAUUUCGGACGUCCAGACUUAUUUAUUACGUUCACUUGCAAUCCAAAAUGGAAAGAAAUUGAAGAGCUUUUAGUUCAAGGCCAAAAAUCUCACGAUAGACAUGACUUAAUAGCAAGAAUUUUUCACGUGAAAAUUAAGCAUAUGAUGAAUCUUCUGACAAAAGGUUGCAUUUUUGGCAAAACGAAGUGUCAUAUGUAUACUGUGGAAUGGCAGAAACGUGGACUUCCUCACAUUCAUAUCCUCCUGUGGUUAGAAGAAAAGCUGAGACCAGAAUCUAUUGAUAAGGAAACCCAAACAGGAGAAGAUGGAUAUCCUAAAUAUCGUCGGCGAUCUCCUGAAGAUGGUGGAGUAACAACAAUAAUAAAUGGAAUUAAUAUAGACAAUCGAUGGGUGGUACCGUAUAACCCUGUCCUGUGUCGUACAUUCAAAGCUCAUAUAAAUGUUGAAGUUUGCAACUCAGUGAAAUCAAUUAAAUAUAUUUGUAAGUAUAUGAAUAAGGGAUCUGAUCAAGCAGCAUUCACUGUUGGAGAUCUUGAUGAAGUGACAAAGUAUGAAGCAGGACGAUACAUUAGCACUUCUGAGGCAGUUUGGCGAAUUCUGAGUUUUCCUAUCCACGAGAGAUUCCCUCCAGUUAUGCAUCUUGCUGUACAUUUAGAAAAUGGUCAACGA